AGAAUGAGUGUCUCCACACUCAGAAAAGAUAUUUGUUAGAUUGCACACUUGCUCUAGAUGGUUUUUUUUAACAAAAUCAUGUUGAAGUAAAUGUUGUAGAGGAGCAGGCGGUUUAUGUACGAGCAAGUGACCCGUCUACUUCUGGUCCGAGAAACCACUUUCUAGGAUCCGAUGUGGUGGGCCCGCGAGCGUGUGAAGCUUCCGGGCCAGGAGGCGGCGCCUGCCACCGCGACGGAGACCGUCGCUAGCGAAGAGGUGGUGAAGCUCGCGAUUGAGUUUGGCGACUUGGAAACCGCCUGCAGCUACUUGAGCUCGCGGCUAACCCAGAUGAAUGUGAUGUGCGACAACUUGAAAGCGAAAAACGAUGACCUCAAGCGGUGUCGGGACGUGUCAGAUAAGCUGCAGGCGCUGAUCAAGCGGUUCGAAAAGCAACACCAGGAGUUGGUGGCGGAGCGGAGGAAAAGCAGUGAGGUGGAGCGCCUGCGCCAGCGCAAUGCCCGCCUUGAAGUUGACAACGAAAAGCUCGCCCGCGAAAACUCCGAGAUGAAGCUGCAGGUUUAAUACUCUCUUUGGUUUCGGAUCUUCGGUUUUAGUAGUUGGAAACAAAUAACACGAUAUACAUAUAGAUAUUGGUCAGUAGUGACGGUGAGUCAGCUGCAGCUCGAAGUUAAUUAUAGAGUCGUUGACUCAACAACAGACAGACAAAAAAUUCAAAAUGAUCGACCUCAACCCGCACAGAUGAAAGAUGCGAUUGCGCUGGUGGAGCGUCGCGCAGCCAUCGAGACACCAAUGGUCAAGGCGCGGGCCGGCAUGUGGGAGGCUGAGACGCGCGCGAAGCUUGAGGAAUACCGCCUCAAGGGUUCCAGUUUAGCCGAGAUCUGUGCGCAACAGCAGGCCUUUAUCGAAGAGCACUUCCUGCGACUUCUGCUGCAGGCAGACAACGGAGAUCCCAUGAGCAUGCCGGAAGGAAAAGCGAUGUAUAAUUUUUGCGUGUAGUAAGUAGUUACGUUUAGUAAGCACAUAGCACGAGACGACCACGGAAACGAAUCUUCUGUGCCCCCCCGAUCCGUGAUUUUUUGAAGACGUUGUAGAAAGUACAGACAGAUCGCUCUUUCAUAUGAAGAGUUCAAGAAGAAGUUUUUGAACAUUGGCAUUGCACAGCGCGUGCUGAUACGUGCUUAGUAUAAUGCAUUGGCAAAGUAAUGAAAAUGAUCCACUCCUUCUCCUAUCACCACAGGGCACAAUAUGACGCCUGGCGAGCGGGUGUCGAUGCCGGAAAGCUCACCUUCGACCCGACAGAUACAGUGCCGGAACUGAGCUUAUUUGGCGACGGCAAGCCCGCACUCUCUCAUCGCAGUAAGUACCUUCGUUCAUCUAGAUAUUAGCGCAUGUUUUCGCUGCUCACACUUUUACUUUUUCGCUUUAAUAUCUCCGCUUAAAGAUCCUUGACCCUGUGCAUCAUGAGGGCUGGGCUGCAUGGUUUUUUUCUUCUAGAGACCCGAACCCGAUCCUGAAGAACCACGAUGAUAUCUUCUUGUGACGCGAAAGGCACGAAGAUUUUGGGCACCGCCUGUUAGCGUUACACAAUGUUGAAAUGUCAAUGUCUCAGGUCCAGCUUCUCGACGCCAGGUGUCGACGCCCCAGGGUCCUAGUGAGGAGCAGGAGAACGAGGACGCUGCGGAUGAAAUUCUGCGAAACCGGCAAGCCGAGAGGGGCGAGCAGACCGGUGCUGCUGGGGGCGCGGGCGCGAGCUCUGAGCAGCGGCCACAAGAGCUGGAGCACGACGGGACAAACAAGUCGGCGUCCGGGCGCAGCGGCGCUGGGGGAGGCGGCAGUGACGACGGCGCAGAGGGAGAAGGCGCGACCCACGAGCCGCGGUCCGACUACGAGCAGGAGGUUCACUCCGUAGCGCCGUCGUCCUUCUUUGACGACGAAAAGAAGAGGUCGGUCGGAACACAGUUUCCGCCACCGCCGUUGCAACUCAGUCUGUUCUCGCACUCGGGAAAAAACGCCCUCGCAGAUCGGCAGAAAGGGGCGCUAGACGACCUGCACGUAACCAUCUGAGGUAGGUCGUGCGAGGGUGCUAUGAGAGAAAGACAAGUAGACCUCUGCUAUAAGUCCUCUGAAUGCCAAUUAUAUUGCAUGGCGAGUACGUUGGGCUUUUUCUUUCUCUUACUCCCCUCCCCUGCUACUGCUUAUGAGCCUAUGCUCGACAAAUAUCGUUUACUAUACACCUGUUUGUCUUUUUCUCGCGCAAAAAUGUCUGAUGUACUGCUUCCAAGGACACGGACAGAUACCAGAAGAUAACGCUAUCGCCGCCUGUGAGUUUACCUUGUAGUGCUUUAUCGUAUCAAUGAUAUAAGUAAAAACAAAAUUAGCAUUUCUAGAGGCGCCGCCACUUGAGCUUUUCUUGUGCGGAUUCCUGAUUGUUCACAUGUAAAGUUGUACAUGCAAGAAACAAAACUACAGUCAGCGUCACUCCGAUAACCUGUACCAAAUCUUGAGAAAUAGUUCACAUUUGAAUUGUACAUGAGCUUCGUUGCAGGUGCAUUCUGCAUUGUACAGUCGGCCGCCAUCCUAGCGGAAAAUGUACGUAAGGACUAGACAUGUUGCACUUGUAAUUUACGCUUGAAAACG